CCCAAACGACAGCAGGGACCAGCAUAACACUGGAGAGAGAGAGUGGGGCAGGGGAGAAAAAACUCGUAGGGGGCUGCCCCCAUCCCCCCCCGCGGGAGGUGGGGGGGGCGAGAAAUCUUCAGCUUGCAGGGAGGGAGAGGGAAAGGCAUCUUCUGGCCCUCAGUCCUCCAAUGGGGAAAUGAACCGAGCUCUGGUUCCUAGAGAGGCAGGAUAAAAUAAAGGGGGGGCCAGACAGCGUCAAGAGGGGAGGCGGCUGCUUGGAGAGACAGAGAGAGAAAAGUUUUGAGAGGAGGAGCUACAGCGUGCAGAGGACAAAGAGGCGCUGGAAUGACUCCACCUGACAGCUACUCCCCACUUUAAAGUGCACCGCGGCAAGAGAGAGUCCCGGAGGUGGCCUAGUUUCCGUCUCGGCCAACCCCUCAGGCAGCACAGUGGCCUCAGGCACCGUCUGGAUUGUCUUCUCCUUGGGUUGGAGUGGAAAGAUUAGCCAUGCAGCCCCCUCAGUGUCUGGUGACUUUUCAGGAGGUGGCCGUUUAUUUCACGGAGGAGGAAUGGGCUCUGCUGAAUCCUGGCCAAAGAGCUCUGCACAAGGAAGUUAUGGAGGAGAAUUACAAGGCGGUGGCCUCUCUAAAUGAUGGGCAACACAAUGAGAAUUGUAGGGAACCACAGAUGGUGUCAUCAGCGACUGGCAAGAGUGAAGCGCAAAAAGAGAUGUUUGGAAUUCAAGAGGGACCAAAAAAGCUUGAAAUAACCCAGUCAAAGAAUGAAAGGCAGAAAUCCUCUACUGCUCAGGGUUUACCAGAAAGAACACGAGGGGAGGAACCACUUAAAUGCAUGAAGUGUGGAAAGAGAUUGAGAGUGAGCAGUAGCCUUACUUUACAUCAAAGAACUGUUACAAAGCCAUUUAAGUGUAUGGAGUGUGGAAAGAGCCUCACUGAUAGUGGAACACUUACUAAACAUGGAAGAAAUCACACAGGGGAGAAACCAUUUAAAUGCAUGGAGUGUGGGAAGAGCUUUACUGUUAGUGGAAGAUUUACUAAGCAUCAAAGAAUGCACAUGACGAAGAAACCAUUUCAGUUCAUGGAGUGUGGAAAUAGGUUCAGUGUGAAUGAUACCCUUACUAAACGUCACAAAGCACAUACGUGGGAAACAACACAUGCCGGAGAGAAGCCAUUUAAAUUCAUGGAGUGUGGAAAGAAUUUUAGUGAGAGCAGAGCUCUUACUUUUCAUCAAAGAACCCGCACAGGAGAGAAGCCUUUUCAUUGCACGGAGUGUGGAAAGAGCUUCAGUCAGAGCAGUCACCUUACAACACAUCAAAGAACCCACACAGGAGAAAAACCAUUUUUAUGCAUAGAGUGUGGAAAGAGCUUCAGAGAUAGUGGAACAUUUGCUAAACAUCAAAGAACCCACACAGGAGAAAAACCAUUUAAAUGCAUGGAAUGUGGAAAGAACUUCAGUGAGAGUGGUCACCUCACUAGACAUCAAAGGGCUUACACAGGAGAAAAACCAUUUGAAUGCAUAGAGUGUGGAAAGAGCUUCAGGGAUAGUGGAAGCCUUACUGUACAUCAGCGUAUCCAUACAGGAGAAAAACCAUUUGAAUGCAUGGAAUGUGGAAAGAGCUUUGGUGCAAGAAGUAGCUUGACUUUCCAUCAAAGAACUCACACAGGGGAGAAACCAUUUCAGUGCAUUGAGUGUGGAAAAAGCUUUAGGGUGAGCAGUAAUCUUACUAGACAUCAAAGAACCCACACAGGAUAUAAACCAUUUAAAUGCAUGAAGUGUGGUAAGGACUUUACUGUGAGAAGUAGUCUUACUAGACAUCAAAGAACUCACACAGGGGAGAAGUCAUUUCAGUGCAUGGAGUGUGGCAAGAGCUUCAGAGACAGUGGAUCCGUUACUAAACAUCAAAGAACACACACAGGGGAGAAACCAUUUAAAUGUGUAGCAUGUGGAAAGAGCUUUAGUAUGAGCAGUACCCUUACUGUACAUCAAAGAACACACACAGGGGAGAAACCAUUUAAAUGCUACAGGUGUGGAAAGAGCUUAAGUCAGAGCAGUCACCUUACAACACAUCAAAGAACCCACACAGGAGAAAAACCAUUUGAGUGCAUAGAUUGUGGAAAGAGCUUCAGAGAUAGUGGAACAUUUGCUAAACAUCAAAGAACCCACACAGGAGAAAAACCAUUUCAGUGUACGGAGUGUGGAAAGAACUUCAGUGAGAGUGGUCACCUUACUCGGCAUCAAUGGACUCACACAGGAGAAAAACCAUUUCAGUGCAAGGAGUGUGGAAAGAGCUUCAGGGAUAGUGGAAGCCUUGCUGUACAUCAACGUAUCCAUACAGGAGAAAAACCAUUUGAAUGCAUGGAAUGUGGAAAGAGCUUUGGUGCAAGAAUUAGCCUGACUUUCCAUCGAAGAACCCACACAGGGGAGAAGCCGUUUCAAUGCAUUGAGUGUGGAAAAAGUUUUACAGUGAGCAGUAAUCUUAUUAGACAUCAAAGAACCCACACAGGAUAUAAACCAUUUAAAUGCAUGAAGUGUGGUAAGGACUUUACUGUGAGAAGCAGCCUUACUAGUCAUCAAAGAACACACACAGGGGAGAAGUCAUUUCAGUGCAUGGAGUGUGGCAAGAGCUUCAGAUACAGUGGAUCCGUUACUAUACAUCAAAGAACACACACAGGGGAGAAGCCAUUUAAAUGCGUAGCAUGUGGGAAGAGCUUUAGUAUGAGCAGCACCCUUACUGUACAUCAAAGAUCACACACAGGGGAGAAACCGUUUCAAUGUAUGGUGUGCGGGAAAAGAUUUAGUCAGAGUUGUCACCUUACUUUACACCAAAGAACACACACAGGGGAGAAACCAUUUCAGUGCAUUGAGUGUGGAAAAAGCUUUACAGCAAGCAGUAAUCUUACUACACAUCAAAGAACCCACACAGGAUAUAAACCUUUUAAAUGCAUGAAGUGUGGUAAGAACUUUACUAUGAGAACUAGCCUUACUAGACAUCAAAGAAUACACACAGGGGAGAAUUAAUUUCAGUGCAUGGAGUAUGGAUAGAGCUUCAGAGACAGUGGAUCCAUUACUAAACAUCAAAGAACACACACGGGAGAAACCAAAUGCACUGUGAUAAGAGCGUUCGAGCGGUCAGCUUAUGAUGCAACAACAAUCCCACACAGGAGAAAAAACUAUUUAAAAUGCAUGGAGUGUGGAAAGAGGUUCAAUGACAGUGAAAGAGGUACAAAGUUGGAUACUUCCAGUGGCUAUGGGCCUAGAAUCUCUUCUAAUUUAGACUCUGGGAAGAUGUUGGCUGCCCCAAGACAAAGGGAAGCUUUGUGCAGCUAAGUUGUGCAGUAUGAUGGAACUUCUCUCCUCCUGACAUGGCAUUUACCAAUUGGCAAUCUAAUUUUAGUGGCGAGCAAAAGGAGAGAACCAAAAUAAGCAAUCAAUGAGCAGAAAAAGGGUGGGGUGUUGGCAGGCAGAGAGAAUAUUCAGUAUUCUUCACUGGAUCCAUCUUACUUAUUUUUAAAAAAUACUUUUCGUUUUAGUUGAACUUAUUUUUUUAUUUGGGUUUUUUUGGAUCUUCUCUCCAGACUGAUUUCGGUUCAUCUGCAUCUAAGACCACAGGAGCCUGUUCUGUGGAAUUCCACUUAGCAUUCAUAGCUAUGUGCUUCUCUUAAACUGAAAUGUUGAAUGAUUAGGACAGGUGGGGAUGUAGGAGGCAUUCGUUAGAGAGCUGGUGGGGUUUACAUUGGCUAAUAUAGGGUUCAGCGAUGGUUAGGUUUGUAGUUAAUUUUAUUCUUGCAUAUGAUAUUCCUUGCAUGCAAUAUCCACUUUACAAGAUGCUUUAGCAUUGUUUGUUUCAUGCUAUGUCAUCCUAUGUACCCACUGUAUCUUGAUUGGUUUUUAGUUGUAACUUUAGAUGUUGAUUUUCCUUUGAUGUUGCUUGUGGAUGAAGCUUACAUAUCUGAUACAAUGAAUUGCAUUCACUUG